UUUCUACGGCAAUGUGUGGUUAUAUUUAUAUUUUGGGAACAAAUUUUAGUUAUGCUAUCCACUAGUGCAAAUAGUAAAGUGAAAAGUGCUAAGUUAUCGGAUAAUAUUGACGUUCCUGAUCGGGACGAAAUCGGACAUGAAAACACAACGGACGAUAAGGUCAGAGGUUAUGUUGGUUCAUACGAUGUUCCUUCGUCGUUUGGAGGUCCCAGGGACUCCCGCUUCCGGUCACGCGGUCGGGUCACUGAGUUUCGGCAUUCCAGGGGUGGCAGCAGGGGUGGAACGAGAGGCCGAGGCGGUUUCCCGCCAAGGGGUGAUCGCGACGAAAACUCCUACAAAUAUCACGAAUCGCUAGCAGUUACUAACAACGAAAACUGGUCACAGGGAAACAAUAACAAAUUUUAUGAAAGAUCCGACUUGGUAGUAAAUCUACCAGAGGAUCCGCGUAUAUCUAAGCUUUUGCGCCGUUUGUGCGCCGAAGUUGAUGUUGAAAAAUCUAUUGCUAUAUGUACCAAGCUGCAGGACGCGGUAAUGAUGCCAGAAAAUGUACGUUAUAUCAGAAGAUCUUAUGAUAUAUUAGUAGAAUCACUAUUAGACGUGCUAUAUGAUGCGCCAAGCCCCGAAACUAAGGAGUGUGCAGCUGUGGUACUCGGUAGAAUUGGCUUCGUCAUGGGACCCGAUUUUCGCAAACACCUGGAUUGGAUAAUGUCUACAUAUUCGGUUCGUAACACAUCAAUAAAACAUCUGCUCAUUCUAUCAUUCUCAGAGACGUUUCAACUUGACUUUCAAAAUCCAAGUUUAGCGGAUUUUGCUGAAAUAACUUUGAAUAAACUGCAAACCAUUAUUGAAGCUGCAGAUUCAGCCAAUGUUUUUAUGGCUGCUAUAAAUGCAAUGAUAGUCAUGUCAAAUUCCUAUCCCGAAUACUUUGCUAAUCAUUUUGUUGAUACAGUAGACAUUCUAGUUGGCUGGCAUGUAGAUAAUGCUCAACCAAAGAAAAUUAAGGAAUUCGCCUUACAAUCCUUGUUUAAACUUAGUCGUCAUUGGCAGGCAGAUGUUGGGUUUUCUGUAAACUUAUUAAAUCAGUUUGUCGAGGAUAUGGUGGCCUAUUCCAACGACUUGGAUUCAAAUAAAAGUGACAAAGAUGGAGAAGUAAAUUCAUAUGAAGAGUGUAUGCAAAAGAUUCCAUCUUUUUUAAACGUCUUUAAUACUGUUGUUAAAAGCUUGGGUACUCUAUUAAGUCCCAAUGUGUCACAAACAGUUUCCUGGACCUUUUUGACAGAUGCUCUGUCGAAAAUUCUUCAAGUGAUGAAUGAGACUCUAAAGGAAGAAGCAGAAUCGGAUCUUAUUCUCGCAGGUAAUGAAUGCAUAACAUUGCUAUUAAAAUAUUUGCAAAACAAAUCAUCACCUGGCCUACCUGCUUUAUAUUCCUUAAUAUCUAUGGAAAUAGAAAAAUAUUUACAAGUAGAAGAGACUGUAUGUCUCAGUAUCAUAAACUUGAUAUCGACCACAAUAAAAGAAAUUGCAUCCAAUUUACCUAUAGAAUUUAUAACUCAGAUAAUAGGUCCAGGAUCACUAUUACGACCCUUGCGCUUUUCUGAUAAUACCCAUAUUUUACAUGGUGAAAUGUCUAUAUACAGUAAUCUGCUUAAUUUGAAAAAUAUCCCUUUAUUGCAAGAAGCUUAUAAAUUUGUGUUGAGUGAUAUACAAAACUCAUAUUCCAUUUUAUUACCGGACAUCCAGAUAAUUGAAGUUGAAUACUCUGAAGAUUUCACAAAAGAUGACGCUGAAAAAUGUGUUAUAUUCUGUCUGCAAUGUUUGUCUGACUUAGCAAAUGCAAGUAAUUCUAUCAUAGGAAUGUGGGCAUUACAACCUAGUAUUCUAGAGUUGCUAGCAAUCAAAAUGACUCCACACCAUGAAAUUUUAAUGAAAGAAAGACCUGCAUUACAGUAUGCCAUAUUAUACUUGCUUUAUUCUCAUUGCAAGAAGAAUAACCAUUUUAUUGCUUCAAGUGACUUGGUGACAAACUCACAACAAAGAGCCAAUGACUUAUUUGGAUUAUCUAACCUUUCAUUAGGAGAAGUUUCCAACUCCAGUCCUACUUCAGGUCACCUUGCUGUUAUCUUAAACACUUUAAGCAUUGUCCUUGAUGAACAAAUGUCAAAUGAGACAUUAAGUCUUAUAUUAACUUGGAUAUCAGACAUAUUUUGCCAGCUGGAUAAAUAUUUGCCAUUAGUCAGCAUGUCAAAGAAUUUCCUUUUAUUGAUAACAAAUAUGCUCGCUUUGGCACACAGUUUCGAUAGCCACAUUGUUCUGCUUGUUAUUAAGAAUUUCCAUUUUCUGCUCAAAAAUAAGAAUAUGGUUUGGAAUAUGCUUUUACUAAAAACAUUAGCUGUUUUGUGUACAUUACAUAUAGAUAAUAAAAACAAGGCGUUAGCUGAUAUUUGCAAACAGGUUUUAUUUGAGCUGCCAUGGGAUAUAGUUCAGCAAGAGUUUGAUAAGCAAACAGUUAAAAUAUUUUCAAGUAGGAAAGAUAGCAAUUUGGUUAUUAAUUGUGACACAAAACUAAAUUCAUUUAAAGAGUACUUAAUGCGAGGCUCAUUUUCUAGUCUGCCUAAUCAUCAUUUUAAAGCCAUUAUAAAUUGUCUCAUGCACACAAAUAUGGAUGAUAAAAAUUUUCUGCUCGACAUUUUUGUUUCAUCCUGGCCAUUGCAAGACACCGAUGAAAAUAAUUUACUGUUCUUCCGGCAGUGUUCAACAAAUUUUACAUCUAUUUGUGUGAGUUGGGCACUGUCUGAAUUGGCUCAAACAUGUAUAAUCCAAAAGCUUAGGACAGUGCUAGGUAAACCACAAGAAACCUUUACUAAAAUAGAAGGAACUCUAAAAGGAAUUGCUCGGGAAAUAAGUUCGAUGGAAACAAAGUAUAUAGCUGGAGACAAAAAGCUAUUAGAGAUUGUUGUAUCCGAACAAGUAAGAGUACGAUGUUUUGUAGAGUUUAUGAUGUUUUUGGAAAAAUAUACAUACAAUGCAGCUGAAGGAACAGCUGUUGUUCUACCUGCUGUUGCAAAACCAGUCAAAACAUUCUUUCAUACUAAUUGGCCAACUUGUCGAGAAUGGCAAAAUCGUGUACGCUCCGCGGCUCUUGCAGUUAGUAUCUACGGUGGUCAUUACGGGGCUGCCAUUUAUCAUGCUUCAUUGAUAUUACAAAAUGCCGCAGCUAACUACGCCCAUACUAAUAUUGACGUAGAAGCCAUAACAAUGAGUGUUGCACGCGCUCUUAUAAAGAUUAAAGAACCAGAAGUGCUACAUGGUUUAUACGUGUGGAUAAAGCAAACAUUUGAUUUGAAGCUGUCAUGGCUUAUCGGAGCGGAAGAACAAGCAAAUUCUCGUUUUGAAUUAGCAGCCGAUUUUUAUAAGAAGUUGUACAAUUGCAAUUCGGAAAAUGAUGAUAAUGAAAUAGGCAUUUCUCAAUCCGAUAUUAAAGUAAAUAGAUUUAUUGAUGAUCAAAUACUGGAAAGUUACAAAAAUAUACAAAGCUGGGAAGAUAUGGAAGAAUGGAAAGAAAAUACUAAACUCUGCAAACACACAUCUCCUUGGGAGUUAUACACAGACCUAAAAAUGUUUGAAGAAAAUAAUGAAAUUCCAGAACUCUGCAACUGGAAUAUACUCGAUACAGAAGCUAAUGAAUUAUAUAAACACUCUUGCUCGUAUCAAGGCUUAAUGGAUAAAAUUGAAACGUCAUUAAUAUCAUCAGCACUAAAAAUUUAUAAUAAUGACUUUGAUGAAAAAUAUGAAGAAAUGCUCAACAGAUGCGAAGAGUUACUAAACAUCAGUGCUGAAGAAUUCGCUAGAAACAAUUCUGUUCAUUUCUUAAAAGAUGUUGCAGUAAUGCAAUUAGCUAAUCACGGUUUAAUGAAUGUUAUUAAAAAUGGAAAAGCAGUUACGAAUCCCUUUAAACCUUCGGCCUUAAAAGAAAAUAUAUAUGGAACUGAAAUGAAAAACUUAACUCGUAUUCUGUGGUGGCAUCAGUAUUUCACGAAGUUGAAUAUGACGGAAGAAAACGUAUUUUACAACGAAUGUCUCAGAUUAGAUGUGAUAAAAAGCGCACGAAAGAACGCGAAUUUGUUGAUGGCAAAAAGGGAACUUUUAAAACAUUUCAAAAAUAAUCCCGCUUUUCAACUGUGCCUAAACGUAAACAGCUUAGAAGAAGUGGGUGAUGUACUUCUUUUGUCGACAAAUACAUAUGAUCUAGAUAUAUGGACACUUAAUAAUGCCACUGCAUUGACUGAACUUUGUAAAGUGACUUAUGCGAAAGAUGACUCAAAGGUACAAGCUAUUAAUCUUUGUGCAAGUAUAUCACUUGGAUUUUCUCAGAAGUUAGCAAUGAGUGAGCAAAGCUACGAGCUACGUGAAAAAGGAACUAGAAUGCUUUUGACUCUUUCCAAAUGGGUUCAAAAUGAAAAUGAGAAUAUAUUAGAUAAUGAUUCGCCUUUGACAAAAUUAGUAUCUGCUUUACCAGAGAUUGGCCUAGUUGACAAUAACAUCUCGGAAAAUGUAAUUCCACUUACUGAUUCUGCUGUUGGAAAAUUAUUACAAUUUGGUGUCAAUCAAUGUCCUGGUCUAGCUAAAGCAUGGGCGAGUUUUGCUGCAUGGUGUUUCAGAUGGGGUCGCAAAAUGGUUGAGUUUAGUUCUAAAACUCGUGAACAACUUACUGAUAACGAUAAACUUCAAAUAGAAAGUGUUAUGAUAGGAUGCUCACCCCAAGAUUUUGAAGCGGUUUGUGAAAUAUUAUCAAAAACAAAAGCAACUUGUGACGAGGAAGAUAUAGAUUGGAAUGAAAUUAAUACGUCUGAAAUGAUUGAAAAUCAGUUGCGCACGGUACCAUCUUUAAACAACGCUUUUCCCGAACACCUUGCUCUGCUUGUUGAUAUCUGGCGCCAAGCUCAAAAAAGAGUUUUCUCAUAUUUCGAAUUAUCAGCUGAUGCUUACUUCAAAUUUUUGCAGUUGAUUUGUGCUUCCGACUACAUAAAUCAUAGUGGAGAAAAUGCAGUUGUAAAUGCAACACUACGACUAUUGCGGCUAAUCGUUAAACAUGCAAUGGAACUGCAAACUGUUCUUGAAUCAGGAUUAGCGAAUACACCUACUCAACCAUGGAAAGUUAUAAUUCCUCAAUUGUUUUCGAGACUUAACCAUCCAGAAACUUACGUCAGAAAAUGUGUUUCUGAUCUUUUGUGUAGAUUAGCAGAGGAUACGCCACACUUAAUUACAUUUCCUGCUGUUGUUGGUGCCGUGGAAAAUGAGCAAAACAGUUUUACGGACCUUCAUGUUCCGAAAUCAUUUUUGUCCAAUGACGAUGCGGAUAGCGAUGAUGACUUAGAUUUAGAAGACUCAGGUAGUGACAAAGUUGUCAAUAAUGAAUUAAACUCGUGUUUCUUGGAUAUGGUAGAAACUUUAGCUAAGCAAGCUCCGAAAACUAUUUUGCAAGUAAAAUUAUUAGUAAAAGAGUUACAAAGAAUAAAUUUACUAUGGGAUGAACUAUGUCUUGGAACUUUGGUACAACAUCACACUGAAUUCAACAAACGUCUAACGCAGUUAGAAACUGAAAUCGCAAAGGUGAAAAACAACGUAAACCUUACACCAGAAGAGAAGGAAAAACUUAUUAAAGAAAAACAUCGAAUCAUAUUUGAGCCUAUAGUCUUUGUCUUAGAGCAACUUAAUCAAAUAACUUCAGCUGAACCGGAAACUCCUCAUGAAAUAGCAUUCCAAAAUAAAUUUCAAGCUAUUAUUGUCGAUGUUAUAGACAAAUUGAAAAAUCCAUCGAACCCAGAAAAGCCUCAAGAAUCGUGGGCGCCAUUGAAACAACUACAGAUUAAGUUACAGCAGAAAGUAAAUAAAAGAACAUCUUACAUCUUGAAAAUGUCGGAUAUAAGUCCAAUACUAUCCGAAAUGAAAAAUACUGUUAUCACUAUGCCUGGCCUGCAUACGAAUCAAAGGACUGUAAGAGUGACUAUAAAAUCUAUAGAAAAUAAUGUCGCUAUUCUUCCAACCAAGACCAGACCAAAAAAGUUGGUAUUUUAUGGUUCCGAUGGCAAAUCAUAUACGUAUCUUUUUAAAGGUCUUGAAGAUUUACAUUUAGAUGAAAGAAUAAUGCAACUUUUGUCGAUAACGAAUACUAUGCUAGCUCGCGAUUCGGAAAAUAAUGACAACCAGACGUACAGAGCUCGUCAUUACUCAGUUAUACCUCUUGGACCUCGAUCAGGUCUUAUAAGUUGGGUAGAUAACGUUACACCAUUGUUUGCUUUAUACAAGCGUUGGCAAAAUCGCGAAGCUGCCAUUCAGUCAGCAAAGACGAAUAAAACUGUAAACGUUCUUCGUCCAUCUGAGCUAUUUUACAAUAAGCUCAAUCCACUGCUGAAAGAAGCUGGAAUAUCGACCGAGAAUAGAAAGGAGUGGCCAGUGUCGAUUUUGAAGCAAGUCUUAGAAGAGCUCUCGGCAGAGACUCCGCGUGAUCUCCUGUGGAGAGAAUUGUGGUGCAGCAGUGUGAAUCCGGAACAGUGGUGGCAAAUGACUCGUCGCUAUAGUUACUCGGUUGCCGUGAUGAGUACGAUCGGUUAUAUUAUCGGUUUGGGAGAUAGACAUUUAGAUAAUGUAUUAGUGGACUUGACAUCCGGUGAGGUUGUGCAUAUAGACUAUAAUGUGUGUUUCGAGAAAGGCAAGACUCUCCGUGUGCCUGAGAAGGUGCCGUUUAGGAUGACUCCCAACUUGGUAACGGCUCUUGGUGUGACCGGCGUUGAGGUAAGCUGGAUACGAGUUACUUGUUGAAGUAUAUCCGGUACGGUGAGCAAACUAAAUAUUUUACUAAGUUAAAUGUGGCGAUGUUUAUCGUCGAAGAAUUCCUUGGAACUUUGACAAUCUAGGUUUUGGACUGUACCCAAGAAAUGCUACAGGUUUAAUAAGCGUUGGAAGUUUUCAUUGAAAGUUUUGAUUUAGUGUGUGUAAGCAACUUUCAUUUGAACCUAUUCCAUGCUUAUUUGUUCACGUCUAGUUUAUUUCUUUCUUGUUUCGCCUUUGAUAAGAUUUGGGUGACUUUUUUAUAUGACUGAUUUAGAAUAUGCAUAAUCGUGCUUGAAUGUUGGACUAUACAUUUCGUUAUACCCGUAAAACUUAUGUAGAUCGUCGGUCCUGCGGGCCGGAGAAUGUUCCAUACUGAAAAAUAAAAUUAAAACGUAAAACUUUUUUUUUCUUCAUAUAAUUCUAUAAAAAU